AUGGACCGUCCACGGACGUAUGUGCCGCGAUUGGCGGUGAAUCUGCUGAGCAAGGUGAGCAAGACAACGUCGCUCAAGCUGGCGCAAGCAGCCGAGAAGGAGGGCGGGGCAAGCGGACGGCGAGUGGCGGUGGGCCCGUGGACCUUGAGGGCGCAGACAGAGACCCAGGUACGGGGCGUCCGUGAGGGCCGCUCGCGUGGCAGGGUGUGGGCUGGCAAACGGCCACGGUUCGACCCGACGCCGUCGCUGAGGCGGACAGUCGAUGGAAAGAGUGGGCCUGGAACGCGAUGGAACGCCAGCACGUUUGCGCAGCAGUGGGAUGCGGCCGGCGAGCGCGGACGGGUGGGCAUGGCCCGGACGUUUGUGGCCCGCUACGAGGGCGUGACGAAUCCGCUGCUGGAGGUGGACUUUAGCAAUGGAGCAUCGUUGGUGCUGACCCGAUUCUCGGCGUGGCUUCGGCUGACAGUGUUGUUUGCGUCGAAUCUGGAGCUCAAGCUGCGCGCGCUAGGUGUCUUUCUCCGCGCCACCGACGGGCAGCGGUUCCUGACCGAAUUUCUGGAGGUCGGCGGCCUCAUGACGGUACUGCAGAUCUUGAGUCUAGACGGCGCGUCGGAUGAUGACGUGCGAGCAGCACUGGAGAUCCUGAGUGCGGUGGCGCGUGUGGGGCGGGCGUUCAAGGAGCUCAUUUCCGAGGGCUCGGGUGAGGAUGGCGGAAUCAAAGCAGUGGCCCUCUGUCUGGCCAACACGUCAUCGGUGGAGACGCAGGACGCUGCAGUGGGGCUGCUACAAGCGCUGGGCGAGGGCAACCCCAAGUACCUUGACUCUGUGCGGCUGGCGUUUCUCCUCUUGCUCCCGUUGGGCAAUGCGCGGGUACAGCAGAUGGCAGCGCAGUCGCUGCAGAUGCUGCUGACCUCGCGGCCGCCGCCGUCCGAAGUGUACAUCAAGCCUGCACUGCUGAUGCUGCGGUCGACAAACCUGAAGGUCCAGUACGAGGCGGUGCAGCUCUUCAAGAUCUACGCACGGUUUGAGGCUCUGCAGGAGCAGAUGCUGAGUGAGCUUGUGAGUUUGCUCUCUCCGUCUCGCGACAUCAUGGAUGUGGUGCUCGCGUCUUCCAAGGCUGGAGCGCUGUCGCGGGCGUCGCUCGCGCGCAACUCGUUCCUCACAAGGGAUCCAACGUCGAGUGGCAUCAUUCCGGCAGCGUUUCCGCAGCAAGCGGCGGCAGCCAAGAUCCUGGGCAUCCUGGCGUCGACGCGGACCGAGCUCGGAGUGCUUGCCGUCAACGCUGGGGCGGUGAGUGGUUUGCUGCGGGCGGUGAGCAACACGCUGUACUUUCCGUCACAGCGGCAAGCGGCAGCAACGCUCGACCUGUACGCAGCCAUGUUCCCCGAACUGGGCAUGGGCCUCGUCGAGGCCAUGGGCGACCGGCUGUUUGACACGCUGGUAGUCUCGCGGACGACGACAGCGCUCAAGGCGCUGAGUGCUGCCGAUGCCGAGGACCUGGCCAUGGCCGCCGCCAACAUGGUGGUCUCGGUCACAGCAAUCAAGGGAGGAGCUGAAGUGGUCGGCCGUAAUGAGGAUGAUGGCGACGAUAGCGCGAGCAAGACUCCCAAAGCGAGCCCACGGAUCAGGUACCAGGUGAGGUUUGAGAUGCGGGCUGGAUCAUGGACAAGGCACGAGCUGACCAAGGCGGAAGGAAGCGACGAAAAGAGUAGGAGUGGCGGAAGCAGCGGACGGCCAGUCUGGUUGCCAAAGUCGAGCUGAGGCGUGCCAUGGUUUGUUAUUCUUGUGAGAGUCGAGCGACGUGCCCAUUGCAGUCAGCUCCUUACUUGCCGAUGCGCUCGGGGGUAAACUCGUCCGAAGCCGCGG